UCAGCGGAUUGCAGUGUCAAUAGCUGUAGCGCAUACCCCUUUUGUAAGCACUUGACAACUGUUGAAUUCAGAACAUAUCACUGUACACAGCGUAUCUCCCAACGAUCACGACGCUUUACAUAUUCAAGAAAGAGACGAUAUCACUACCACCCAUAACUGAGGAUUUCAUAUUUGGUCAUGACAAGAAAAGCUUUAUUUGAGGCUAUUGGCGCCAAUUCUUUGAAGACAGUGGAAAAACUGCUCAAGAGUGGAACAGAUGUAAAUGGAAGCGAUUGGACCGACAAGACACCAUUGCUCCUUGCCAUUGAAGGUCAACAAACAGACAUUGUCACCUGCUUAUUGGAACACGGAGCCAAACCUGACCUAGCUGACGAGGAUGGGAGAAGUGCUUUUCACCAUGCCAUGAUGUCUGGUGUACGAGGCAUUCUACAGAUCUUGCUGACGAGAACCGUUAAUAUUAACCUGGAAGAUAAGAAUGGUCAAACGCCACUCCAUUAUGCCGUGGAGAGAAAAUGGACACAGAUGGUAGAAUGGCUGGUUUUUCUGGGGGCUGACGUCAAUAAGGAAGACAAAAUGGGGAACUCUGCCAAGUCUCUUGUCGGCGACGAGAAAUUGCUUAGGGGCGCAAUUGAACAACCUGUGGAUUUAGAAAGACAUACAGAACGAAUCCUAGCUGACCAUUGCGAGGAGAAGUGUAUCAAGAACAUGACUAUCAAAUUUGGGUCAGAAACUGACUUUGGUUCUUCAAAGACAUUCAUGCUGCUCAAGCGAUACGAACCAACCACACACCCAAAAUGUCCUGCUAAGAAGAAAGACGAAUCCUUCUGGGGAGAGCUGGUUGAAUGCCGUAUAUCGCAACCCAAUAUUCUCUUGACAAUCACUUUCCCUUUGCAAGACAAACCAAGCUCCUAUUCUGAAGUGUUUGUGAAGUAUGCAACCAUGGAUAAAGAGGAAAAGGAAUCAGUUGCCCAAACAGUCUUCAUGACAGUGGAGGAACGUUGGAUAGCAGAAGCCAAAAUAAAUAUUGGAGCCCGUGGCUGGUUUGUCAUUUGCCAUAGGCCAGGCGAAGAACUCCUUGAAGUUCCCGCCAAUGGUGGGAAGAUUACAUCUACUCUUGAUACGGACGUGGAAAUGGACAUUCCAAAGAAUACAUUUGAAAGACCUGGGAGUAUAUCGUUCAAGGUCGAGGAGUGUCUGCCAGUUACAAAAGACCUAGAUGCAAUUCUGUCAUUUUCGAAGUUUUAUGAAAUUGAGCACACGUCUGGCACCCAGCCGAAGCAAGGUAUCCUCCUGACAUUGCCUCUCCCGGAUAAAUACACAGGGAAGGGGGAACUCGUUGUCUUGUCCAGGUCUGGACCCGAGAAUGUCGCAAGCGUUGAAGAGGAUACAGAAUACUGGACCUUCCUUGACACUGACAUCGAGAUCAAGGGCAAUGUUGCAAGCUUUACCAUCAAACAUUUUUCAACAAAGGCGAUGAUGGAGAGUCCGAGAAACACAUCAAGACGCACACUAAAAAGGCAAAUAUCAAAAUGUCACAGAAGGAGAAAGAUUCACAUAGUAACAUUUUUGGCAUAUGCAAAACAACUGUCUCCAAAAUUACAUGAUGUCAUAGUGGAAUGUUGUAAAGCCGAAAACCUAAAGAGACGCACUUCAGCUUGGGCAAAGGCCAACUACUCCUGCCUCCGAGUUAGCGGGAUGUUCCAAGCUCGACCGGAAUACGAGUACGGCAUGGCCGUCGCUGGUAACGCCAAAUCCCUGUCCAAUAUCUCACGGCUGAAGAUCACUUACUUCCCCGGGAUGAAUUGUCACCAGUCCUUGGAACUGGAGGUGAUCGAUCAUAAAGACAUCAGUCGUGCAACAAUUGCUAUAACAAAUCUGCAGACUGCCGACCACGACGUCCUCACGUUUCUACCGUUUAUCCUAGAUAUAAAUGCCUAUUCGUCCCAGAGCACUUCUGUAUCCAAAUCCGCUGUUGAUGAGGUGGACAGAGGAUUGGAUGAGGCUUAUGAUCCUGAACUGUACGAGUCCAGAGGCAAAUUCAUAGUAGCAGAUCUUACAGCCAGUCUGCCAGUUCAAGUGUUUUGUUCCUGGUGGAAGAUUUGGCUAUACCUUGGUCACUCUUUACCUAUGUUGAUGGAUCUGCUUCACAAGGACCUGUAUGACUCUCUUGAGGGAAGCAAACAGGUGUUGCGAAAGUGGUUCUCAGCAAGUGCCAAAGCCGCAGACUUGGGCAUCACAAAGCUUACACAAGCACUGGUGAGAGUAGACAACCUGUCUGCGGCACAGUCAGUUAUUGAUUAUCUGGAGAUGUGCUGGAAGUCAUCUGAUUGCAAACAUGAAUGGCAGAAUAAGCCAUUUUGGAAUUGGUUGAAGAACCAGACCUUCACCCUAGACAGUUUUAUAGGAAACAUUAGUCCGCCGGAGCCAAUGUCAAAUAUGUUUCUCCUUGAUAUCCUGAAGUACAUCGAAGUUGAGCCCGAGAAUUUGGGAACAUUUUUGGGUUUGACAAAACAAGAAAUUGAUACCACAACAUGCGAUAUACACAAGGUUGGCCGUGAAUGCCGGGUAUUUGUGGUGCUGCUGCGAGCAAGAGAGAAACAUCAACAUGGACAUGGAAGCCUUAAUGCGUUAUUGGAAGGACUAGAGCAACUGGAUCAAAAUGAUGCGAAGGAGUCCAUCAUACAUGACACUGAAACGUGGUUACAAUCUGAUGGACAAUCCAAUGGAAAGAUUGCGGAACAAAUAAGAAUGGUUAUUGACCAGUUCACCUAGAUCAUCCAACCAGGAAAACGUGCCAAUUGAUGACUCUUAUAGUCAUGGAUAUUUUUUUUGCAGGGCAGGAUUAAGGGAAAUGAAAACACUGUUACCUUGCACUUUUAUACAUAUGAUCAUACAAUAUAUUUAACUCGUAGUGACUUGAGGCAUUCAGUUGUUGCUCCCACUAGCUAUAAUAACGUCUGUAUAUUUGAAAUUACUGUAGAAGCUUUCCUAACCACACAGCCUUAUAUUUAUCAACUCUACCUGUAACUACUUCCUGUUACCAGUUCGAGUUUGCCUUACUUAGCACAAAUUUCAGCUUUAUAUUGUUCCCACAUAUUUGUAAAAUAUUACGAAACGCCUUUGUUUAACCGACAUCAACAGGAAACGUCGCUGAAACUUUAUUCUGAAUUUCGAAUCAUUCAAAUUCUGUACUUUUACUUGAAAUAUUCCAUCACAGUUGUUCCAUUACAUGCGAAUGGUCCCUUAACCAAUGUGGUGGCUUAUUGAAGGUGAUGUUAUUAUAACUCUACAUGUCUACACAGUCAGUAUGCUAUGGCGCCUUAGGAUCAAUGACUGCAUGGGAACCGCUGAUGUCUUUUGGGGAUGCAUACCUAUCAUUGAUAAUAAACUAAAUAGAAUCCCGACCAGUGUAAAUUGCAAUUGUAACGGAUGAACAGCUAAUAAAACAUUCUUAUAGGUCUUUAUUUGCUGAAUUCUAAUAUAGAAGACCAAAUAAAAUGAUAUUAGGAUGAUGCCAGUCGACAAGUGUUGUACAGGUUUCAUAUGAAAGCAUAUCUUUAGAUUCUGUACGACCUUAUGGACUCAAAUACUUUUAGAUUGUGUUUCCUUGUAUUAAUAUUUGUUUUCCUCAUUAGGACAUUAGUAUGGACCAACACAGGCUUAACGAGUAUUAUUUGGCAUAUUUGGCAUAUCGUUGUCAAUGCUUAAGCCGUUACUUUUUUACGUGUUCUUUAUUAAGAUUUAUUAUACCCCAGUUUGUUCUAUAUUGUUAUAUAAAGGAAAUAGAAGUUGUACUUCUGGCAUCUUGAAAACGACGAUUAAGUCAUCCGUAUCAUCGCAUGUAGUGCAAGGCGAAUGUGGUAGAUGUUCGUCCGUCCGUUCAUAUACCUUCAAAAAGUCAGUGUAAACUAAGUGAUCGUUGCCAAGAAAUAGUAUAAAAUGCUUGUACAAAUGGAAAGCAGUGGUUGUUAAAAAGGAAUCUAGUAUCAAGCAAAUAUUACAAGUGUAUGGUCUCGAAUGUGUUUGACAAGAAGAGAUAGUUCGAUAUGCUUUUAUUAUCAUCAAAUGUAACCAUCUUAAAAUUUAUCAAUUUAUAUAUAUAAAACAGCCUUCAUUAUAAGAAACUAGUACUUUCUCACUUUGUAUUUCUCGAUGUGUGACUUGGACCUCUGGCCUGUAUUACUUCUGAAUAAAGUUACUU